CCCAAGGGGGCGGGCCAAGCCGUCUGCGGCCCGGGCGCGCGUGGGUGACGUCACGCAGCGUGGCCUGGGUCGUCCGUGGUAACCCUGAGUCUGCGGAAGUGGAGAUCUGUGGGCAGGCAGCUGAGACAGCAAUCCUGACUACAGAGGGCUGUUCUUACUCCUCCAGACCCUAUGUCUGACCUGGAGAGGGCACCUCCUCUUCUGGAAGCUUUUACCUGAUCCAGCAUUGCCUCGAUCUCUGCUUUCAGGGACAAAAAUGGUGAAAACUGCUCAACUUAUAUUAAUUUCACAAGGUACUGAAAGUUGGUGGAACCAGAAUUUGUGACAUCAGUUAUCUUUUGGUAUGCAGCCAUUCAUGAUUUUGGAAAACUAAGGCAGAUAGGAAGUCCCUUCUGAGGUUUUCAACAAAGCUCUUGAACAACCUACACACCAUGGAUGUAAAGCUGGACCCUUCCCGAGAUGACCUGCCUCUCAUGGCCAACACCAGCCACAUUCUUGUGAAGCACUAUGUACUGGAUUUAGAUGUAGAUUUUGAAAGUCAAGUCAUUGAGGGCACCGUAGUGCUUUUCUUUGAGUCUAGAAACAGGCUCAAGAAACAGAGUACGUCCACCAGGGAAAUGUGCGGAUCAGAGUCAAACGAAGCCUGCAGAGUUAGCUCACCUGAACCCUGCAGCAGCCCUGUGACUACUACAGGGACCUUCUCAUCUGACAUGGGAUGGAAUGACUUUGUAAUCUGUGGUAAAGGUGGAAAAGAUACUGCUGGGAAAGACUGUCACCAUGACAACUGGGAACAGGCCUCUCGGGUUUCUAGCUCAAAGCACUGCUGUGGCGCAGGGAAUCAUGGGAGUGAAGAUUUUGGCCUAGUGCUGGAUUGCUGUGAUCUAUCUGUGUUGAAGGUUGAGGAAGUGGACAUUGCUGCUGUGCCAGGUGUUGAAAAAUUUACUAGGUCUCCCCAGCUCAUGGUUGUUCUGGAGGAGCUCAGGAAUCAGAUUGUCCAUGAACUUGUGACUCUGCCUGCAUAUUGUUGGAGGGAGCAGUUAGAUUAUUAUGCUCUCUGCAGCCAGGCUCCUGGCUGUGGGGAACUCCUGUUUGACACUGACACAUGGAGCUUACAGAUCAGGAAGUCAGGCGUUCAGACAGCCACUGACUUUCCUCACGCCAUAAGGAUACGGUACAGAACCAAACCUCAGGGGCGAUCAGUUAUGUGGACCUCAGACCAGAGUGGCAGGCCAUGUGUUUAUACUAUGGGAUCUCCCAUAAACAACAGGGCCCUUUUUCCAUGCCAGGAGCCACCCGUUGCCAUGUCAACAUGGCAGGCCACUGUUCGAGCAGCUGCAUCUUUUGUUGUUCUAAUGAGUGGGGAGAAUUCUACCAGGCCAGCACAGCUUCAGGAAGGGUGUUUAAGCUGGCAUUACUAUGUAACCAUGCCAAUGCCAGCUUCCACCUUCACAAUUGCAGUGGGAUCCUGGGCAGAAAUGAAGCUAGAGACCUGCCCAUCAAGCAAUCUGGAAACAGAGAGCUCCUUCUCACCCUCUGAGGCUGACUUCAGGUAUGCUGAUGUUUGUGGCCACACAGAAUACCCCUGCCGCUUCCAGAGUGCUUCUGCCACCACCCAGGCUAUCAUUCCUUAUCGGGUCUUUGCUCCAGAGUCCCUCAAGGGUGCCUGCCAGGAGACCCUUCUGCAGCUGAUCCCACUUUGCCUCUCAGCGGCACACUCUGUCCUGGGCACACACCCAUUCUCCAGGCUGGACUUACUCAUCGUGCCCGCCAACUUCCCCAGUCUGGGGAUGGCCAGCCCACACAUCAUCUUCCUCUCUCAGAGCGUCUUGACAGGAAUGCGCCAUCUCUGUGGGACCCGUCUCUGCCACGAAAUUGCUCAUGCCUGGUUUGGCCUAGCCAUUGGGGCCCGUGACUGGACGGAGGAGUGGCUGAGUGAAGGGUUCGCCACUCACCUGGAAGAUGUAUUCUGGACCCAAGCACAGCAGCUGGCCGCCCACGAGGCCCAGGAGCAUCAGGAGCUGAGGGCCUGUCUACGCUGGCGUCGCCUCCAGGAUGAGGUGCAGAACUCCCCCGAGGGGAUGCAGGUGUUGAGACCUAAUAAAGAGAGAACUGGCCAUGUGAGUGACUCAGGAUCGUCUGUCAUCAGACAUGGGCUUAAUCCGGAGAAGGUCUUCAUGCAGGUUCAUUAUUUGAAGGGCUAUUUCCUCCUCCGGUUCCUUGCCAAGAGACUUGGAGAUGGCACCUAUUUUACAUUUUUAAGAAGAUUUGUGCACAGAUUUCACGGGCAGUUGAUUCUUUCCCAGGAUUUCCUUCAAAUGCUGUUGGAGAACAUCCCAGAAGAAAGAAGUUACAUGCUGGAAGCGCAAGGGCAGCUGUUCUGUCUCAGGGAUCAGUACACAGCGGAGGCUGUGGAAGGGAGUGUCUUUGAAAGCAGAGGAGGGGAGACGAGGAGUUGUGUGGCAGACAUCGUCAAUGUGAUUUCUGUAAGUGCUGAUGUUUUAUGAGCAAGGGAAGAAAAAGCUGCAAGUGCUUGGAAGGAAAUUCAGGUCAGUCCUGGACUCCAGCCUGCCUGCAAACAGAGCGCCUGCCCAUCUGAUAUGAAUCAACAGCAGUUCUCCUUCUGCUCAUCGAUUGUUAUGCUCGUACGCAUGUUCCUGUAUUUGUUUCAGCCACUGCAUCCUCCACGGAGCUAGGGGGCACUUGCUGGAUAAGGGCUUCCUCAGGGUCUUCAUUAUCUACCCAAGCACAAAUGACUUGUUUCACCAAGAAAUAAGUAACCAUAUGCAGAGCUUUGAGAUGCACACUGUAUCCAUAUGUAGAGAGGAAGCUUAAAAACAUCAAAACAAAUCUGUACAGAAUGUGAGCUGCAUUCCAGAAAAAGGGCAUUUUCCAUGUCAGACCCUGAACACUGAAGUUCCCAGUGCUCACGUCCAUCUGGUACCUGUGCUUCCAGAGUUCGUUCCAUCUGUCAUUCAGUUCAUGUGAAGGUUGCUGGGGCCAUUGCUUUCCUACAGAGGCACUGGUAGAAUGUGAUGUCAAGAGGCUGAAGCAGGAGCCAAGGGGGAUAAAGAUGUUUCUCUUGAUGCACAUAAGUAGCAGAUAGGGUUGAUAAUCAACUCCCCAUCCUGUCAUUCUGCCCUCAGAAAUCAACUGAACAAGCAAUAUAACACAUGCAGUACCAUUUUCUCACAAGCCUCCGUCUGUUUGUAUGUAUUGUAACAUCACGAAGAGAUGAACAUUUGGCUUUAAACUUUCUCAGCUUGAAACACAGUUAAUUUUUCUAGCCAGCAUUAUUUCAGGCUGUCCAACAUAUUCUGUCCUCUACUGUGACCACAUAUCUCAGAUGGACUGGAGAUGGACCCUGAAACUCCGCAUUGCCUUGCAGGAUGCAGGAGUACAACAAGGGGACUCUCCAGCCAGAGGGUGCAGCCUAUUGCCCCAGAUACCCCAGAACUUAUCAGUGAGGUGGGAGUCCUGCUCGCGGGUACACAUCUGGAGUACAUGCAGUUGUAGUUCUGUGUAUUGUCAGCUCUCUGUAUAAAAUCAAUUUCCAUAGUGAUCAGACAUGCAGAAGAGUAAUUUCCUGUAAGUCCUGGGUCCCAGCAAAAUGGAAAUGCUUCUGCUUGUCUGUUGUGAUUAUUUAAGCCACAUGAUCUCAGAGGGGAAGCAUUCACCAUCGGCUUAGACUCUGAAUGUCCUGAUUUGAAAGAGCCUGUGUUUACUUUCCCACUGCUGUAUAUCCAAGUUCAGACCUAAAAAUUCACCUGUACUGUCAUCUAAGUAAUUAUGAUUGAAACAGCAGAACUAUGUAUGUUAUUUUUUCCCCUGAAACAUACAGUCCAUUUCUUCCCUGAAAAUUAAUCAUUUUCACAUGUUCUCUCAUAAUUUCCUGGGGAGGUAGAUCUGCUUACAGUACCUUAAAAAUUUUCUUAGUAGCUGGAUUUAAUACUGUCAUCCUCCUCUCAUAGCUUAACAUCUUAUUCUAUGUGGGCAGCCCCCCAACAGCCUCAUGCUGAUGCUGGGGAUCUCAAGACCUGGGUGCUUUCUUUAGCCUUGUCUGGGCUGACUUUGGCCCAGCCUCUUAUGCUGCAGUUUCUCCAUGUGCUAAAAAGCCUCACAACAAUUGACACCCACGUCACAAGGAUCUUAUGGAAAAUGAAGUGACAAUGGUUAUAAGGUGCUUUGAACCUUUCCAAAGGAAAAUGAUCUGGAAACACAGGUUCUCUCCAUUCCUGGUGAGUGUCUUUUGCUCCUGUUUGCAGCUGAAUGAUGAACUCUACUGCCCUCACCCUGCCACCCCUCCUGAGGGUCUCUCAUCCCUUCAGAACUGUGGCUGAAGGGCAGACAAACAGGGCAACCGUCAGCAGGGAAGAUGUGAGCCAGGGGAAUCAGCGUUUUGGAGCAAGUGGAGGCUCUCCCACCGUGUGCGCCAUAAAUCAGGAACCAAAGUGUCCUAACGCCCAAGUUCAGCUCUGAAAGGAAGGUGUGGGCCCUGCAGCCAGGCAACUUUUUGAAUCCCAGCUUUUCAGGUACCAUCUGUGUGGCCUUGAAUGUAUCCCGUAGUCUCUCAGAACUUUUAUUUGCUCAUCUCUAAGAUGGGGAUGGUGACAUUGGUCUUGCACAAAUAUUGUAAGGUUUAAAUGAGAUUUCUGUCUGUAGCGUGUGGUACCUAGUGGGUGUUCAAUAAACACUAGCUACCUUUCACUCCUUACCACUCCACAGUGGGUAGAGGAGACUUUGUUUUGUGUUUCAUGCCACUAUGCCAUAGUGUGUGUAAAUACUACAUGCAAAAUUUGUCUUAAUACUUUGCAAUGAAGUAACCUGACUGGUUGUCCAGGUCAUAAACUGUAGCACAGAUUGUACAUAGACAUGAACAUUCUCUGGAAAGCCAGCCUGCAGAGAGCAGUGGGGCCCGUUGUCUGCACUCCACCUCUCACCCCUCUAAAGGGAUCCCCCCAGCACCGCCCUCCCUGUCCGUCCCCAGCAUCCCCCACCUUGCCGCUCUUCUCAUAGCCUCACGCUUGAAUACACUCACAGCCUCCACUGGGAUGGCCCUGCUCCAGCCUCUUCCUCAGGCAUUCUUCCUUUAGUCCAUCCCGGCGGUGCCUUUCUGUAGCCAUGCUUCAGAGUCGCGUUGAUGUUGCCAGACUCAGGGAAGGACACCACAUCUUUCUCCUCACAGUCUGUGUGCCAGCCCAGCUGUCCUUGGCUCUGGGCUUAACUGCCUCUGCUGUCUCUGCCCUGCAUGAGCUUUCUUUCCAUUUCUGCUGGCCCUGCCUCACUGUUCGGGCCAGCACAACCUUCGUCCAGAGCACAGGUCAAGCUCUGACUCUUUGGAGAAGACCCCUGAUGCACUGCCGCAUCCCCUCCCAGCUCUCCCCCUGGGCAGCCAGCCCUCCUCCACACAGUCCCACGGCUCUCCGCUCUCCACAAGCCCUGGCAGCAUUCUGACUUGAGGGCUGCUGUAUGUCCCGGCCAGACCUCCUCGCCCUGGGGGUCUUCUCAGCCUUCCCCAGAGCCUUGCACCCUGUAGGUACCUGGGGUGUUGGCUACAUGGAGAGGGGCUGCCUGUUCCUCCAUCUGUACUGGUGAGGACUCUGACCUCACUAAAUAACAUGACAGGGCCCAACUUCCCAGCCCUUCCCCAUGCCGCUGCUCAAGCAGUGUCUGUAAGCUAAAAUUCUCCAAAGGAAAUUUAUGUCCACGUCCUCUUACUCCUCCGUGGGGAUGCACAACAGCUGUUCACCAUGUUUGGUAAAAUCACUUGAAAAUGGCUGUGAAGUCAGUCCCCAGACUUUCUUCUUCAGGAUAUUUAAUCCCCUUCCCUUGACCUCUGGUGGGCCCAGUGCACCUACGCCUUUGAUCUUCACUUCUGCUCUUUUCUAAUCCUGAGUUCUCCAUCUUCCUCUUAAGUUGUGGCAGGCAUAAGAAGGCCUGUUUUCCUAGAAUGCCCAGUUCAAUAAAGCUUGGUUCAGAGCCAGGCUCUGGCUUUCCCGAGGCCGCUGAGGGGGUGGUGAUGGGGGCUUUGGCCCCCCCCAGGCCCGGACGCAGGGUGCCUCUCUGGUCGGAAAUGAGGCGCAUGAACCAGCCACUUAGACAGCAGUGGAAGGAAGGACAGGGAAGAAAAAGCCAGGCCUGUCCAUGAGGGUGGACAGUUCAAGUGCCAGCCGAGCCUCCACAGCCACAGAGCCUGAGGACCCAGGGCAGGAACACGAGCCCCCAAGUGAACGCCAGCCUGGUGCAGCCAGGGCGGGACAUCCCAUUCGUUCCGAGCAAGCGCCGGCCUUUGCGGAGCAUCCUGUCCUCAACAGAAAUGACAACAUCCGUUUUACCAUCCAGCCUCUCACAUGCAGUAGAAAAUAAAACAGUUUUAAGUCUCCUGGGACAUGUCUCUGUAAGUGGCCCCGUCAGUCCCACUUUCCUCCCAGGGCAGAUGAGUGAAGGGCAUUUUCAGGGCCUCUUCCUGCAGCCGACUGGACAGUUCAAGCUC